CCUCCAGAUUGAUAUGUCCUGAACAGCGCAACACUCACAUUCAAUUAUUCAAGGAAUCCUUGACCACCUGAGUGAUAGUACCGUGCAUAAUUCGCCAACGCUUCGUUCGAUCUCCUUCUCGGGCGAGGAAGGCAGCCUUUCUUGAAGAGUUGUCUAGCAUCUAUGCCAGAGAAUCUUAUUGGGACUUACGGCAACGGCGGUGAUGAAUUUUAGAUGAUCGGUGGCCUGUCUUUUUCUUAUUCAUAUUUCCCCCACAGCAUAUGCCGCAUUGUCUGUCAUAAUUCCCCUCAAAGCUCUGCCAGGCCGGGCGAGCUGGCACUCCCGUGGCUGCAGUUCGAAAGAUAUCAUCCACCAAACGGUGCAGCAAGUUCUGACCACACUCGUGGAUAUCUGGUAAUUCUAGAUCAUGAGGGAAGGGCCCGCUUGAUGGCAUGGCCAACACUCCGAUACCAGGAUUUUGGUAUGGUGCUUCGCUGGAAUACUUCGAUAAUGGCCCAGGCAAGCUCUGAGAGCAUGCCCACAAAUCAUAAAAGACAUUACGACCGACGAGGUGAUCGAAUGACAAUCGUGAGUAGCCUCAUAAUCGGUAUACUAUCACAAAAGAAGUGGUGCCUUACUCUUGGUGGACAUCAUUGGAAGGCCCAGCACUACGAGCAACACAAUCUUCAUCUUGUUGAAGUAUGAAAUAGAUUUAACUUCAUACCACCACCUUCGUGAUCCAUUAGCUGCAUAUCAUUACAUCUUUGAACCAUCUCCUACCAUCAAAAACGAAACACAACUUUCUCCAACGCCAAAUAGAGAAUGAUGUCUCGUAUUACCCAGCACGUGCUUGCGCUCACGUGCCUCAGCGAAAAUAGAAACAACGCUAACCUUAAAAUCUUGGUUGCGCGGAGGCAACGACGAUCCCCCAGCAGCCAACCAUGU